UCCAAAGUACCAUUCCUGAAAAGUCAGAAUCUCAUACAUUCAAGAGAACUCCACAGAGGUGCUGCCAAGGAAGUCAAAUUCUAGAAAGCUCCACUGAAGGGAAAGAAAAGACUCCGAAGGCCACUGGGAUGCUCCCAGCAAGAGAAAAUGAGAAAGAUGAGAAACUUCAAACAUAAGACAGUCAAAGACAAUAAGACUUCUGUGAGUGACCAGGAAUCUGAAAAAGAUGGUAGCCAGCACUCUGACCCUGCAACAAACCAGGGAACUCAGGCUGCAAAGAGACAGUAUGUGUGUGCUGAGUGUGGGAAAGCCUUCAGUCAGAGUGCAAACCUUACGGUGCAUGAGCGAGUCCACACAGGAGAGAAACCCUACGAGUGUAAGGAGUGUGGGAAAGCGUUCAGUCAUAGCUCCAACCUUGUUGUCCACCGGCGAAUCCACACUGGACUGAAGCCCUACACGUGCAGUGAGUGCGGGAAAUCUUUCAGCGGUAAGUCGCACCUCAUUCGGCACCAGGGAAUCCACAGUGGGGAGAAGACGUAUGAAUGCAAGGAGUGUGGGAAAGCUUUUAGCCGGAGUUCAGGUCUCAUUUCCCAUCACCGAGUUCACACUGGGGAGAAGCCGUACACCUGCAUCCAGUGUGGGAAAGCCUUUAGCCGUAGCUCAAACCUUACUCAACAUCAGAGGAUGCACAACGGAAAAAAAGUUUACAAAUGUAAGGAGUGUGGGAAAACGUGUGUGUCUAAUACAAAGAUUAUGGACCAUCAGAGAACUCACACCGGGGAGAAGCCUUAUGAAUGUGAUGAGUGUGGAAAAGCUUUCAUCUUAAGGAAGACCCUGAGUGAACAUCAGAGACUUCAUCGUAGAGAGAAACCUUACAAAUGUAAUGAGUGUGGGAAGGCUUUUACUUCUAAUCGGAACCUUAUUGAUCAUCAGAGAGUUCACACUGGAGAGAAACCCUAUAAAUGUAAUGAAUGUGGAAAAACCUUCAGGCAGACUUCUCAAGUUAUUCUACAUUUGAGAACCCACACUAAGGAGAAACCUUAUAAAUGCAGUGAGUGUGGGAGAGCCUAUCGUUAUAGCUCACAGCUUAUUCAACACCAGAGAAAACAUACGGAGGAGAAGGAAACCCAUAAAUAACACUAUUGUUGAUAGAAGGAUUAACUGC